AUGAUUUCCGAUAAGCAAAGGAAGGCCAUCAAGCGCCAGCAACUCCAGCAUCGUUUCCACAUACGAAGAUGUUGCUCCGGCAGAAAGAUCAACUCCAUCACCACCGUUGCAUCGAUAAACAAGUCCAUCCUCAAGUAUGGUCAUCGAUUCACCCGAGUUUUCGUCGAGUUCGCCCACCGAGUUACCCCAUCAUGUCGCGUUAUCGGAGAGAACCCGAUUAUUGCCCGCUUUGACGAUGACGGUGAUGUUAAAUCCAAUCCUAGAAUUGAAUGCGAAACAUGUAGCUUCAACAUUUUGCCUAGGUCACCGGUUCUCCUCAUGCAAAGGAAUUUGUUACUACCAGCAUUGGGGUCGGAUAAAAUAGGGACCAUUGUGCUUGACUUGGACGAGACAUUGGUGCAUUCAAGCCUAGGCCCCCCACCGCCGAGAUACGAUUUCACCGUUUCGAGGGUCAUGGACGGAGUUAUGAUCUAUUUCUACGUGUUUAAACGGCCCGGGGUCGACGAAUUCUUGGAGAUUAUCAGCAAGAAAUACGAGAUUGUCAUGUUCACGGCGGGGCACAAAGCGUAUGCUUCCAAGGUGCUCGACGUACUCGACCCUAACAGCUACAUAUCACAUAGGUUUUAUAGGGACUCAUGCAAAAAAGUGCGUGGGGAUUUCGUAAAGGACUUGUCGGAGUUCGGGAGGGACUUGAGGAAGGUCACGAUAGUCGACGACAACCCGAAGUCGUACUCGUUGCAACCCGAAAACGGGAUUCCGAUCAAGCCGUUUUAUGGCGAGGAGCUCUGGGAUCGGGAGUUGAUGAAGUUAGCCGGAUUUUUCGAGAAAUGUGAUGUUUUUCCAGAUAUGAGAGACGCUGUGUAUCAGUAUCUGGGAGGUUCAACUAAAGGAAUAAGAUUGUUUUGA